CUACCAGAUCGCAUUCCACAUGCUAGGUACAUACGUGGCGCAGCUCCUGGAUGGCAGUUGGUUGCGACAGCGAGUGUCUUCACCUCAGCACGCAUGUUGGCUCCCACCUGAGGUAACAUACAUUUCUGGUUGCCUAUCUCGGAGGAUCGCUCCUGAGCUUGACAGUUGGUUCGGCUUGCUGUGCGUCUUUCCAGAAGUGCUGUCUUCGCGGCGCGAUCUGGCCAAGUAUUUGUCGAAUGGACGCCCUCUGCAGUCCGUUCUCAGCUCUCAACCAUGUCCCGCAAAGACUCGGUCUGACUGCUCCUUUGUUUUUGUACGCAAUGAAGUGGCUAGACGACUUCUGUAAGCGCCAUUCCGAGGGCCGCCUGGCCGAGUCGGUGGCCAAGAUCCGGCCCUACCUGCCCCCGAUCAACUUCAUCACCGUCCAUUAUGCCUACUUCAUUCUCUCCUGUCUCUUCUUUGCCCUCGUGUUCUGGGGCUGCGGCUCGCCCUCGAGCCUGCAGAUCAGCUUCCUCGACAGCCUGUAUCUGUGCAUGUCGGCGCUCACGUCGACGGGCAUGAACACGGUCAAUGUCAGCCAGAUGUCGACCGGCCAGCAAGUGGUGCUGUUCAUCGCCAUGAUACUCGGCCAUCCCAUCUUGAUUUCGCUCUGGACCGUCCUCUUCCGACGCCACAUCUUUGAGAAGCGGUUCCGCGCUAUCGUCAGGGCCGAACGGGAGAGGAAGUUGAAGUCGGGCUCUGCUAUCGGGCUCACCGCAGGAAUCUCUGAUCUCCUCACCAUGGCGCGCAUCAAGUCCCUGACAAAGGCCAAGUCAAAGAGCAACGACGCGAACCAGCUCCCAGGCUUGGGCAGCCGAAUUCCCAAAUCACCGACUGCCUCCCACCCGGAGAGACCGACCCGAGAGCGCGAUGUGGAGGCGGCCCUUGCCCCGAUCGCGGAGGGAGUUCUCCAGCCGAGGACACCCGGAGCCCGAAGCGUGGCGUUCGCCGAGCCGUCGCAACCGGAACUUCAUUUCAAGCCAAGCGCCGAUCCCCAACGGGCCGACCCCGACCGGGACCGCACCAUCGAGAUCCGGAACUUUCUGGAAGAGAAGCGGAGAAACGUUGGCCGGAACGGCGAGUUCUUCAACCUCACGCUCAAAGAGCGAGAGUACCUCGGCGGCGUCGAGUACCGGGCCGUCGAGGUGCUGGUCGUGACAGUGACCAUGUACCUUGUCCUGUGGCAGCUCCUGGGAGGCAUCGCGCUCGGCGCGUGGCUUGCCGUCAACGCGCCCGAAAUCUCGGCCGUCAACCAGCAGAACGCGUGGUGGGCGGGUCUCUUCCUGGCCAUAUCGGCUUUCAACAACGGCGGCAUGACGCUGCUGGACGCGGGCAUGACGGCCUUCCAGUCGGGUUACUACUUUGUACUGAUCGUCUCCACGCUGCUCAUCCUCGUCGGCAGCCAGGCGUCGCCCAUCUUUUUGCGGUUCAUUAUCUGGGUGCUAUCGAAGCUGCUGAAGUUCUCGACCAGGGACGAGGGAUACGCCGUGUGGAAGGAGACGUUCGACUUCAUCCUGCAGUAUCCCCGCCGCGUGUACAUCAACAUGUUCCCGGCUCGCCCGACCUGGAUGCUGACCCUUUGGCUCGGCUCGUUCCUGCUGGUUGACUGGGCCAUGUUCUUUCUGCUGAACAUCGGUAAUCCGGCCAUCGAGAGCAUCCCGCCCGGGCCGAGGGUCAUGGACGGUCUCUUCCAGUCAGUGUCCAUCCUCUCUGGCGGCUUCGCUGUGGUACCCAUUUCGGCCGUGUACUUUGGACUGCAGGUCCUGUGGCUGGUCAAGAUGUAUGCCUCGGCCUACCCAACGUCGAUCACGGUUCGCGGAUCCAAUGUGUACGAAGAGCGCUCUCUUGGCAUCUACGCUGGCGACGAGCCAGAACCGACCGGCGAGGGUGAGAGGGACGAAAAGCAGCAGAAAUUACCUGCCGCUGGCGGGCUCUUCCUCACCCCCGGGGUAUCCGGAAAUCAGCCACCCCUGACGCCGAUGUCGGUUGCGUCGCACGCGUCCCGGCUGUCCCGGCUCUCUCAAGCUUCGCGCGGCGGGAUUGACAAAAUCGUGGGCAUUGGCAAAGAAGGGACCGCCAUGCUCGGCCGGCAGAUCCAGCGGCGCAUGACUGGCUUCCAGGGCGUGGGCAUUGCCCCGGUGCAUCCGCGGCGCCAGAAGGCCAAUAUGCUCCAGGGCAGCCCGGACACUUCGGCCAGCAGCAGCACAGCGGCCAGUUUGCACUCCCUUGGAGACCACGCACCGCCGGGUCAGGACCUCAUGUCUCACCAUGUGCGCAGCCAACUGUCGCACGACGUGUGGUGGAUUGCCCUGGCCUUCUUCCUCAUCACCAUCAUCGAAACAUCACACACGCUUGAGAACCCGGCCGCCUACAGCCUGUUCAACAUCCUGUUCGAGAUCGUGUCGGCCUACGCCAACAACGGCGUGUCGGUGGGCUUGCCGACGGCCGCGUACAGCUUCAGCGGCGGCUGGCAUGCCGGCAGCAAGCUCGUCCUUAUCUUGGUGAUGCUGCGUGGGAGACAUCGCGACCUUCCUGUGGCGCUGGAUCGCGCUGUCAAGCUGCCAAGCAUGGAUCUGGACGAGAAGGAGGAGGAUGACGCUGAGAUCCGGCGCGCCAUUAGCAGGACGCCGAACCUGGGCCAGACCCGGAGCCCACAAGUGGAUGUGCCGGGUAUUAUCAGGCGGUUCCCGACCUCGUAGAUUGUCCCGUGCAGGAAGAGUGUUAUUCCUGAGUGAUUUCAUUGGAUAAUAGAGAG